CCCCCCAGCGCGGGCCUGGCAGGCAGCGAGCGGCGGCGGAGGAUGAGCUUGCUUUGCGCGCAGUAUCUCCGGCAGGCAGAAGUCCUGAAGGCUGACAUGACAGAUUCGAAGUUGGGUCCAGCUGAAGUCUGGACUUCCAGACAGGCUUUGCAGGACUUAUACCAGAAAAUGCUUGUUACAGAUUUGGAGUAUGCAUUGGACAAAAAAGUAGAACAAGAUCUGUGGAAUCAUGCCUUUAAAAACCAGAUCACAACUCUACAGGGUCAAGCAAAAAACCGAGCAAAUCCAAAUCGGAGCGAAGUCCAGGCAAAUCUCUCUCUGUUCCUAGAGGCAGCUAGUGGCUUCUAUACACAGCUACUGCAGGAGCUGUGCACAGUGUUUAAUGUAGAUUUGCCCUGUCGUGUGAAGUCCUCUCAACUGGGGAUUAUCAGCAAUAAACAGAUGCAUACCAGCGCCAUUGUGAAGCCACAAUCUAGCUCCUGCUCAUAUAUUUGCCAGCACUGCCUUGUCCACCUUGGAGACAUUGCUCGCUACAGAAAUCAGACCAGUCAGGCUGAGUCCUACUAUAGGCACGCAGCUCAGCUUGUCCCUUCCAAUGGUCAGCCUUACAAUCAGUUGGCUAUUUUAGCAUCCUCCAAAGGAGACCACCUGACCACAAUUUUCUACUACUGCAGAAGCAUUGCUGUGAAGUUUCCUUUCCCAGCUGCCUCUACUAAUCUACAAAAAGCACUUUCUAAAGCACUGGAAAGUCGUGAUGAGGUGAAGACUCAAUGGGGAGUGUCUGAUUUUGUCAAGGCAUUUAUAAAAUUCCAUGGUCAUGUGUACCUGAGUAAGAACUUGGAGAAAUUGAACCCUCUUCGUGAGAAGUUAGAGGAACAGUUCAAGCGGCUGCUGUUCCAAAAAACCUUCAAUUCUCAGCAGCUCGUCCACAUUACCGUCAUCAACCUGUUUCAGCUGCAUCACUUGCGAGACUUCAGCAACGAGAGUGAGCAGCACAGUUACAGCCAAGACGAACAGCUCUGUUGGACACAACUGCUGGCUCUCUUCAUGUCUUUCCUUGGAAUCCUGUGCAAGUGUCCACUCCAGAACAAUUACCAGGAAGAGUCUUGGGGUUCUUAUCCUCUUCCUGCUCUCAAAGUCUCAAUGGAUUGGUUGAAACUUAGACCCAGUGUAUUUCAGGAGGCUGUAGUCGAUGAGCGACAAUAUAUUUGGCCAUGGCUGAUCUCCCUUCUAAACAGUUUCCAACCUCAUGAGGAAGACCUCUCCUGCCUGAAUGCAACUCCACUUCCAGAGGAGUUUGAGCUGCAGGGAUUCUUAGCUCUGAGACCUUCCUUCAGGAACUUAGAUUUUUCCAAAGGCCAUCAGGGGAUUACUGGAGACAAAGAAGGGCAGCAUCGGCGCAUACGGCAACAGCGCCUGAUCUUCGCGGGCAAGUGGAUUGCUGACAACCAGCCAAGGCUGAUCCAGUGUGAAAAUGAGGUCGGGAAACUCCUGUUUUUGACCGAGAUCCCAGAGUUACUACUUGACGAGCAUAGCGAAGCCAAACAGAGUUUUGUUCUGCAGGAAGCAUCCUUUACAGAGCCACAGUUUGCAGAUGGGAGUCCAGGACUAAAGUCAGUGCUGUCAACAGGUCGAAACCUAAGCAGCAGCUGUGACACAGGAGAUAAGCCAAUGGUGACAUUCAAAGAGAACAUUAAACCGCGAGAGGUAAACCGAGAGCCAAGCCGAGGCUAUCUAACAAAGGAAGCGAGUAGGGAAAGAAGGGAUUACAGCAAAGGAAUAACACUCAAUAAAAAUGACGGGAAGAAAGACAACAACAACAAGAGGAAGAAUGAGACCAAGAAAUGUGGCAUGGAAAAGAUGCAGGAAGCAGGGAAGCAGAACGUGGCGGUGCAGGUGAAAUCGCAGACAGAGUUGAGGAAGACUCCCGUGUCUGAAGCCAGGAAAACACCAGUAACUCAGUCUCCAAACCAGGCCAGCAAUUCCCAGUUCAUCCCCAUCCAUCACCCAGGAGCUUUCCCCCCACUUCCCAGCCGGCCAGGCUUCCCACCGCCAGCGUACGUCAUCCCCCCUCCUGUGGCUUUCUCUAUGAGCUCGGGGUACACUUUCCCAGGGGGCGUUUCUGUCCCAGGAACCUUUCUUCAGCCUGCAGCUCACUCACCUGCAGGAAACCAGGUGCAAGCUGGGAAGCCCUCCCACAUUCCUUACAGCCAGCAGCGGCCCUCCGGACCAGGCCCGAUGAACCAGGGACCUCAGCAGACGCCCUCCCCUUCCCAGCAGACCCUCUCAUCCUUACCAGCUCAGGCAACAGCACAGUCUGCCAGCCAAUUACAGGUCCAGGCUCUGGCCCAACAGCAGCAGCAGUCGCCUACAAAAGCUGUGCAGGCCUUAGGGAAGAGCCCUCCGCACCACUCUGGAUUCCAGCAGUAUUCCCAGCUAGACACAUCCAAGCAGCUCUGGAACCCUCCUCAGGUCCAAGGCCAGUUGGGGAAGAUGUUGCCUGUGAAGCAGCCCUAUUAUCUUCAGAGUCAGGACCCCCUAAAACUGUUUGAGCAGUCGUUGCAGCCUCCCCUCAUGCAACAGCAGCAGCCUCUGGAGAAGAAAAUGAAGCCUUUCCCCAUGGAGCCAUAUAACCAUAAUCCCUCGGAGGUCAAGGUGCCGGAAUUUUACUGGGACUCUUACGGCAUGGCUGAUAACCGUGUGGUGAUGGCACAGCAGCAAGCCAGCAUGGACCGCAGGGGGAAACGGCAGCAAGGAGUCUUCCGUCCAGAGCAGGAUGGAGUGCCUAGGAUGGGCUUUGAGGACCCCAAGAGCUCCCCUCUGCUUCCUCCGGACCUGUUAAAGAGUCUGGCUGCCUUGGAGGAGGAGGAAGAGCUGAUUUUCUCUAACCCUCCUGAUCUUUACCCAGCUCUGCUGGGGCCUCUCGCAUCUCUUCCUGGACGAAGCCUCUUUAAAUCGCUGCUAGAGAAACCAUCAGAUCUGAUGACUCAGACACCUUCUUUCUUGUCCCUCACGGGCUUCUCUCUAAACCAGGAAAGAUACCCAAACAGCAUGUUCAAUGAGGUGUAUGGAAAGAACCUCAACGCCAGCACAAAACCAGAUGUCACUCCAUCAGUGGCUCACCAGGAGACUUCACUCUACUCUCUCUUUGAAGGGACGCCAUGGUCUCCAUCUCUUCCAGCCAGCUCAGAUCAUUCAACACCAGCUAGCCAGUCGCCUCAUUCGUCGAACCCUAGCAGCUUGCCAAGCUCUCCUCCAACUCACAACCACAACUCUGUUCCAUUCUCCAACUUCGGGCCCAUUGGAACACCGGACAACAGAGAUCGGAGGAUUGCAGAUCGAUGGAAGACGGAUAAGCCAGCAAUGGGAGGAUUUGGCCUGGACUAUCUCCCAGCAACAUCUUCCUCUUCGGAGAGUAGCUGGCACCCGUCCAGCACUCCCAGCUGUACCUGGGCAGCCCAUGGCCCAGCCAUAGAGGAUUCGUCAGCCGUGCUCAUGGAAAGCCUGAAGUCCAUCUGGUCCAGUUCCAUGAUGCAUCCUGGACCUUCGGCCCUGGAGCAGCUGUUGAUGCAGCAGAAGCAGAAGCAGCAACGCGGGCAAGGUGCCAUGAACCCACCACACUGAACUAAGGAGUUGGCAACCUUUGCAACCGAAGGCUCCAUAACUCAUGGCAUGUUGGGUUUGCAGGACUGGCCCACACAGUCCUGUGCGCGUGGCAGCCCUCUCUUCUGUUCUUUGCCGUCAGGAGGGCGUAAGUGCUCCACCAACCCACUGCGUGUGCAUGGAAA